UUUUUGACUGAUCUAGUAUCAGUUUUUGAAUAUUUUUUUAUUCAUCUUUCCCGCCUCACUCUAAAUUAAAAAAUGCCGAAGUUUUGCUGCGUUAUUGGUUGUCAUAAUUCCUUCUCGAAGGAGAAUAUUACCUCCCACCGUUUUCCUGAUGCUGAGAAGAGUCCUGAGUUACAUGCCUUAUGGAUGGAGAAUAUAAACAAGAAUGUUCCAGUUGAGUUUACUCCAAUUAAGGGAAGUCGUGUGUGUUCUGAACAUUUUAGUGUGGACAUGAUGCAAAAAGUUGGGCAAAGGACAAUGCUGUUGCCAUAUGCUAUCCCAACAAUAUUUGAAAAGUCUCAGGUAAUUUCACAAAAUGUGGAACAUGUAGAGGUUGCAUCAAAAGAUAUUGCAAUUUGGAUGACUGGUAGAGAUUGUGUAAGUACGCAAGAAGUACCUGGACUUAUGGUAAGUGAAGACAUUGCAGUAGAUUUAGCAACUGGGAGUACUGGUAAAGUAGUUGUUCCAGGUGUCAGUGAUAAAAAGGUAAGCUCUCAUAAUGUAAGUGUACAAGGUAAAGAGCUCACUACAGAUAAUGUAAUCACACAUGGAAGAAAAAGAAAGCCUUCAGAUGAAGACUUUGAUGAGAUGGCUAUUAACGGGGUAAGUACUCCAAAAAGAAUACAUGCAAGCCAUGUGAACCAUGAUCACACUUACCAUAUCAGUGAAUCUCCUCGCAAAAUGAAGAAAAAUGUUGAUAAUCUUGUAAACAACUUGACUAAUUUGCAGAAGAAGUUUAAUGUCAAAACAAAAAACAAGAAGGCUAAAGAGAAAGGUUAG